AAAUAUAUUGUCAAUCGAAAGAUGCCAAUGUUUGUUGGUAAACGGGCUAGUGUGCUAGCAAUUGAUGGUGAUUACAUUCACCUAAUGCCACCAGAACACAAGGGAAUGUUUGAUUCUGUAAAGACAACUUCAUUUCAUGUCAGUGCAAUCAGAACUUGCAAGGUCAGCAAAAAGUUACCUAGUCAUUUCAAGAUUGUGGUGAUGAAAGAACGUGAUUACAAGACCUAUGCCCUUGAAGCAGAGAGUGCCAAAGAAGCAUAUGAUAUUUGUUCAAGGAUCAAGUUUCUCAUACAGGUUACAAAAGAAACAUAAGAAUUCUCUCACUCUCUU